AUGCUUGCAGAAACAGUAAAGCGACAGAUACUUCUUUCUGUGGAUGCAUUAAACAUCUCUCUCAAUCGAGUUCCCUCUUCCUGUAGCAUCUCUGAGGCAUGCACAGCGGCGAAGCUGCUUCGCAACCGGCUCCUGCGCGAGCGCACUCGUGUGGUAGAGCGCAUCGAGUCACUUCGAGAGCGCCAGAUGUACGAUGAAGUCAGUGACGAGGAUCUGGACUACGAUAAUGAUGAGGCUGAUAUUCAGCCUACCGGAAAUGACGUGAGUCGUGGAGAAUUCACAUUUAUAUGCGAAAUGAUGGUAGCGGAAAAGCUGGUCGUACCGUUGCUUUUGGCACAUGGAAUGAAUUUCAGUGAUACACUGCUACCCCAGCUCCUUAAGCUGUUGGCGGUUAUGCUGUUACCAAUACCGCGCUUUUCGACCAACGAGAUUCUACAGAAGGAUAUGCUGCAGAAGAUAAAAGCACGUUGCGGCACAGAUGAGUUUUUUGCGCUGCUAGUGCAGUGCGUAGCACCUAUUGCAGAGAAGCGAACAACAGGCAAACUGCAACGUGAGGACGUCGUUAUUCUUGAAAUUGUUCUCACGGUAAUCACAUACUUACUGGACGGACAGCCAGUGGACACGGAGACAAUUAUUGGAGCUUUCUGUCGCAACCAUGGCGUCGAGCUUCUCCUUGUCGUCAUCAACCAGAACUACUCUCGCAUUCAUGGCACUAAUGUGACUGCAAAUAAUGAUGCAAAGGACGUGGUCUUGAGCAGCUCUGGAAUGGAGAAAAAUGAGAACAAUAAUGAAGGCACAAGUGAUGUGAAUCCGAGAGUAACUGGGGUGAAUUGUGAUAUUUCUCUGGAAGGGGAUGAUAUUGACAUCGAAGAUGACGACUCGUUGUCUACAUCAAAAUCCACGGAGAUGAUGCACAGAACCCUCGACCAGGAGUUUCAGAAGCAGGCCAGUAGCCUCCUGGAGAGCGACGAGCAGCUGUGGAAGUGGAACUGCCUUGCACUGACUGCAAUCGCAAGUAUUAUCUGGUGUGUUCCCGCAGAAGAGCUGGUACAUUUGACAUUGCUCAACCACUCGAACAACUCAGCGCCAGACAGAGGGCUUUCCUCACUUCUAAGUAGGCAGCAGUUUCGUGACUGCAAGCAAACAAGUGAUAAGUGGCGUUUUGUUGCCCGAAGUCGCAAUGGAGCCAUCACUUCCAAUGGAAUUAUUGUACGCGCCUCGUCGGGGAGCACAACAGGAUGCCUAGCUAUUGGUACUGUCUUUUCUUUGCUAGGAUCACGACGAAAGGAUCAACUGGAGGCGAUGAAGGACAUUGAUCUGCGCAAACGCGGUCGUUUUAUCAAGGGUAUGUACCAAAGUGUCACGCCUCAGUGCAACCUUCCACUUCCUACGAAAAUACAGCUUUCGCAUCAAAAUAGCACUUUUUUGAGCUUUGGCUUCGAACCGCUGAGCGUGAUGACAUUCGGCAAAUUACAAGAUGCUGCCGCAGCCGUCGAGCGUGCCACAAAGGAACAUAAGGAGGUUGUUGUUGGAUGCAAGGGAUCUGGCGAGAGGCUAGAGAUAACAUCGCCUCUCGACACCACCAUGUACCAAAGUCUUGGUAACGUGCUGCACUACAUGACAGUAUGCCGAUGUAUCUUGCGGUAUGUUAGGAUUAUCGCUGAACAAUUCAAAUUGGAGCAACAAUCGUUUUUGGUCAUGUUUCCUCAACAAUGGCAAAGUGUCUCAUCGAUCAUUUCGCUGGAUCACUUGGAGUUCGGGUUUUCUGUGCUGCGCUCCUUCCUCGAUUGCAAAGAUAUUCGACAGCGUGAGGAUGUAACGAUUGUUGUGGGUUAUCUGGCAGAAAUACUUCUCGCUCUGCAUUUGCUGCUGGAAGGCGAGAUUUCUGCUGAUCCUGCUGUACAAGUUGCCGCCCACGCCCUGGCGUCGUUUGCCCUUUACAAGGAAGAAAAUAUCAAAGUUGUGUUUGGCUUACUCUCUGCGUACUCGAGCCGGGUUAUUGCAAUUCGUAAAGCGCAAGUUUUCACACUUUUCACGUUCUCAGUUUUUCAGCUGAUGGAAAAGUGCAGCUACAAGGGAAGCCUUCUUCUUUCCAAGCGCUCAAAAAAGCAGAAGACAGUGUCAACGGAAGAGUCGGCAGAUACGGGUGGUGUAGAGAACCAAGAUGAUAGCGAGAGUGUCAACUCUGCUGCUUUGGAGAACCUGUCUGAGGAGAUGCCGGGGGCAAUGCCAUACAUGAUCGAAAACGAAAAGAGCGACGAAGAUGCGAGGCGGCCCGAAAUCAAAGCGAAUGUACAAAACGGAAGUGUCGCUGGGGAGCGAAAGGUGCCUUCUGCAGCUGCAGGCCUUCCCGAGCCUUUACUUGAGUCAGUGGGCCGUAGCACUUCUAUGGACAGCGAUAGGCUAAGAUCAUCGGAGAGGACCACAUCAGAAGGGAGACCUCCCUCCAUCGCCUCAAGUGACCGCACCACCCUGUCGACAAUGAGCUCUGAACGGGAAGUCGCUGUUAGCGGGUUUUUUCACCGUCUGGCAUCGCCAAAAAACAUCAGCCUUGUUUACUCGACUCUGCGCCAUUGGCGCGUGAACGACGCAGACGUUAACAUCGCACUGACAUUUCUGAUGGACACUUUGGUGCGUAAUAACUGCGAAAGUGUCUUCUUCAACGUCGCAUUUCUGCUGCUGAUGCGGGAGGUUCUCGUCAAGGGUGAGAAAACGCACGCGCCACUUUAUGCCGUGUGUGACCGCAUCGUCUACGACUUUUUCAACCCUUCGUUUGCGAAGGCACAGGACGCCCGUGCCGCAUCAAUGCUUCCACAUGAAGUAGAGAGUGGCAUACUAAGUGGCGCGCAGUCCUAUCUCGGGUUUGAGGUUUCGCUGCGCUGCACACGCGCGCUGUUCAACCUGAGCACACUCGACUACACAUACAUCGAGGAGAAAGGAAUGCCGCAUCUGAUGAGCUAUACGGCAAUGUCGCUUCCGCACUCGGACGUCGGCGAGGCAAAGCGGGAAGGAUCCAAGGAUGUCGCAGCUGCGACCAUCACCACACGCUCACCAGACACCAGGGCACAUCGUCAGCGUCGAACAACGACAUCUGCGGGCGACGCGAGUCAGCAAUAUGGCUAUGAAGUCUCUCCUGAGGUGGAAGGCGGCGAUGAAGGGACGGUGCUUACUUCGUGCCCUUCAGCGGAGGGUGCGGACGAGAAGAGGAACCGACAAUCAAAGCGGCGCCAUCGCAACCAUCAUAGUGACAAAAAACGAAGGCGGCGCGAGGUGCCCGAUACAAUGGCUGCUGACGAAGGUGACGUCGGCGGCAGGGGCAACGAGUCCGUAACGGAGAGCAUUGAGACUGCGGGCUUGGUAGCCAUCCCAGAGGCUAAGAUGACUACGGUGACGGCGCCCGUAUUGGGCUCCGUGGAAGAAACGUUGGUGGUGGAGUAA